AUGUCUGGAAUUGAACUAGGUGCUGCAGCUUUCGUGGCUUCUCAGCUUCUCGAUGCUAAGUUUCAUCUUUCGGAAGAUCUUAACUUGAUCCAGAAGGUUGUACGCAAAGCAGUCCCAUUUGCAGUUCUGUCAUUAAGAAACAGAGUAAGCUUUUGGUACAUUUUCGAGAAGGCUGCACUCAAAUACCCAAACAACGUUGCUAUUUGCUUUCCCAGACCUAAGAGUCAAAAGGACACUGUUGUCACCUAUGAUGCUCAAGGAUAUCCUAAUUAUGAGGACCAGUUCUCCCUCGAGUCCUAUACUUAUAAAGAACUAUACGACAUGAUUUUGCGGUUCAGUUACAUUUUAAAAAAUGAAUAUGGGAUUGGUCCAAAAGACACUAUAGGAGUUGAUUGCAUGAAUAAGCCAUUGUUCAUUAUCUUAUGGUUCUCAUUGUGGAAUAUUGGUGCACUUCCUGCCUUUUUAAAUUACAAUACAAAGGGUAAGCCUAUGGUUCACUGCAUCAAAAUCGCUGGAAUUGCUCAAGUGUUUAUCGAUCCUGAUUGCGAUGGCCCAAUCAGAGAGACAGAGGCCAGUAUCAACAAAGAGCUUCCUUCGGUGAAGUUGAACUACAUUGAUGAGCCUCACCUCCUAAGGAUCUUAAGCGACAAGUCAAGGCCUAAGUACAGAGCACCUGACAUUACACGCCGUCCAGAGGACAAGGACUCAUCAUGCUGCGCCUUGAUCUAUACUUCGGGAACAACCGGUUUGCCAAAAUCAGCCAUUAUGUCCUGGCGUAAAGCCUUCAUGGCUUCCGCGUUCUUUGGAACUGUCAUGAAGAUCGACAAAAAAUCCAAUGUCAUGACUGCCAUGCCUUUGUAUCAUUCCACCGCUGCUAUGCUAGGAGUGUGCCCAGCACUUGCUAAUGGUGGUUGUGUCAGUAUUUGCCAAAGAUUCUCUGCCUCUAGUUUUUGGACUCAGGCUAGAUUGGUGAAAGCAACACAUGUUCAAUAUGUCGGUGAAGUGUGUCGUUACUUAUUAAACGCCAAAUACCACCCCGACGAACAGAAGCAUAACGUGAAGAUUGCAUAUGGCAAUGGUUUACGUAGAGAUAUCUGGAGAGAUUUUAAGAAACGCUUCAAAAUUGAAGGCAUUGGUGAAUUCUAUGCCUCUACUGAGUCGCCCAUUGCAACCACAAAUAUCCAAUACGGUGAUUUUGGUGUCGGAGCGUGCAGAAAAUAUGGUACCCUCAUCACUCUGAUCUUGGGAAUUGGUCAGAAAAUUGCCAAGAUGGACCCUGAAGAUGAAAGUGUGCUUUGGAGAGACCCUAAGACAGGAUUCUGUACUCUUGCGAAAAGUGAUGAGCCAGGAGAGCUUUUGAUGAGGAUUGUCAAUCCAAGCAAUACAGAGACUUCAUUCCAAGGUUACUACGGCAAUUCGAAGGCCACAAACUCGAAGAUUGUGCGAGACGUCUUCAAGAAAGGAGACGCAUGGUUCCGUUCUGGUGACCUUCUUAAAAUAGACGAAGAAGGUUUGAUGUACUUUGUGGACCGCCUUGGAGACACUUUCAGAUGGAAAUCCGAGAAUGUCUCAGCCACCGAGGUUGAAAACGAAAUCAUGGCCUCAGGAGCGGUCAAACAAUCGGUAGUGGUUGGUGUGAAAGUCCCACAACAUGAAGGCCGUGCUGGUUUUGCUGUCAUAGAACCGAAGGAUGGAAUGUCAGAUCGGGAAAUUCUCGACAAGAUUCAUAACCACGUCAAGGAUCAUUUACCCAAAUUCGCAAUACCCUUAUUUGUCAAGAUCGGGUCGCAGUAUAUCCAAGCAUCUCACAACCACAAAGUCCCCAAGAACCAAUUCAAGAAUCAGAAGCUUCCUAAGGGUGAUGAUGGCAAGGAAGUUAUUUAUUGGCUAGACAAAGGAUCAUAUACUGAGUUGACACAGGAUGCCUGGGCGCAAAUAAUGAGCGGCGGUACCAAAUUGUAG